ACAUGUGGUAUCCCCAAGUCGAUAUUUCUUGAGCACUUGCUGCGGAGUACUUUGUGAAGUGAAAAUAAUCGAAUAAAUCAAAAUGCUGGCUGCAACCAGGACCCUGCUGAGGAGCAAUGCUCAAAUUGCCAAGAACAUCGUCCAGAAAAGGAACAUGACCGUGGUCGUCACACCCGCCAGGGAAAAGGUUACGAACGCCGAGAUGUUCAUCCUGGCUGGCACCAUGGUAGUCGGCUGGCAGAUGGUCCCCGCCUGGGUCCUGAUCCAUAUGAGGCAUUACCGCCAUCUUGAAUAGACACCAUUUUGUAAACAGGGGACGCCAUUUUGAUUGCAGCGACAGCUAAUUAAGUGUGUAGUUAAUUAAAUUAUAUUAGUUGAA